UGUCAGGUUUAAAGUGAUGGUAGAGAAGUAAAAUUCUGCUGGCAAGCGGAAAUCUUGCACGCGCUGUGGGAAACACAACGAAGGCGGAUACUCGAGUACACGAGACAAAACCGAAACGUACACAUACAUACAUAUACGUCACUCAACAAAUAUUUAUAUUCUUCCACUGUGACGUAAUGGUUCUUUUUGCUAUUAGUUAAUGAAAUCAAAAAUUCUUUAACGUUUUUAAAGCCGGUUUUCGUGGUGAAGUUUUCCAGUGUUCAUUUGCCAGUCGAAGCGAAUAGUCCGUUUUCACACACAAUAUUUACCAUACUCGUAUUUGUGCACGACAUCCGACGCAGACAAAUCAGUUCCUAGUGCGCGUAAUUAAUAUGUAAAAAAUUCGCGAAGUGUGCCUUAACGUCAUUAAUUGUCAAUCUGAUUAAGCAUAGCAACGCUACAGACCACAACAAACCCAAAAAACUGUAAAUUUAUAUUUAAUACGCUUUAUUUACAAAAGUACUAAAGUGCUGAGUAAAACGUAAUAAUCUUAGAAUUUAAAGAAAGUCUAAUAAUAGUGAUUGGUUGGUAUUUAAGAAAGCUAAAUAAACCAAAAUCGAUAUGUCUUCAACGAAGUUCAUUGCCAUUCUGCCUCAACCUACACAGCCAGGCGAUAAAAUUCAAAUCAGUGGAAGAAUAAGCGAACAUGCAGAAGAAUUUUCCAUAAACUUCGCGAAUGAGGCCAACGAGGAUCCACAAUCGGUCACAUAUCGCUUCAAUUGGGACCUGGCUCAUCAAAAGCUUAUUGAGGAUAAUAAAGAGGACGACGAAUGGAAGAACAGAAAAGAAACUGAAUUUGAUACAUUUGAUGGUCGGUUCAAAAAUAAAGCUAUUAACGAUAGUAUAAGCAACCGCUUUAUCGACAAUAACACAAUAGCAGACACUACUGACACAUUUCCACAUUCAUAUUCUCUUUUAGGGCCGGAAUUCGCCCUAGAAUUCGCAUUCCAAGAUGACGGCAUCUAUGUGUACUUGGUAUCCGAAGAUGGCCGAAAUCUUGUCACACAUUAUGAACCCCAGAUCGAUUUGCAAUUCAUCGAAUCGGUACAAGUGUGUGGCGAUGUGGAAAAAGUCACACAAUUAACAUUCUCUUACAAUUAGGCGCCAAUUACAAAUUUUCGCAAUUGCAAAAUCUGCCAAAAAGUAAUAAAUUUGUUCUUGCUGUUGCAGUUGUUGCACGAACAAUGGCAACUGCAAUGGAACACCGCGCUGAACCGCUCGUGGUUGGAAGAAAUGCUAUAUUAAUGAAACGAAAAGUAUUAAACAUUGGCACUUAUUUACCUUAAUCUCAGGCGCAGCAUACCGUUUUAUGGCACGAAUCCCUGGCAUUACAAGAUCUCACGUGGCAAGUCAAUUACACCGCGCCCCCUCCCGCAACCAUGCCUUGCAUUAAGCAGUUUGUUUGAGUUUUUAAACAACCAAAAUAUGCACAAAACGCAUGCUUAUGUAGACAUACUUACAUACGUAUAUUUACGUACAUAUGUGUAUGUGUAUCCUUGCACCGCGCCAUUUGAUUAGCACUGCUCAUACCCGUUUCCGUACAAGUGGGAUUGAUAUAACUUUUGCAUGAACGCAUUAAGCGCCGCUGCCAUCUAAGUUCUUAAGUAUUGAUUAAGCUAGCGCUAAGCAUGAGCCGCAAGUAUUCUAUUUAAAAUAUUCUAUAACUGUACUAACAAUUUUGCGAUUGAGUGUUGUCUAAAUACCAAAGAUCAAUAUUAAUAUUAUAAAUAUUACAUAUAACUACUUACAUUUAUAAAAAAUAUAUAUAUGUAUAUAUAAAUAUAUGUAAAAAAACGUUGAAGUUGUUGCAGUUUUAUAAAAAUACCGUUGUUGCCUUGUAAACGCUCGAAUUUCUUGUAAGCAAUAAUGAAAGAGUUUAAAUUUCAAACCAUAGCACACAAAGCUUUGAAAUAAAAGUUUGAGCUUUAAAAAUCUGCAACUUGACUUAUUUUACUUAUAUAAAAAAAUAAUAUAAAUUAAAAA